AAAACAUCAGAGAACCAAUGUCGUCCAAACAUAAUGGUCAAGGCUCAACAACACAGACCUACAAAUUAGUUGUUGUAGGCGGUGGCGGGGUGGGCAAAUCUGCAAUUACAAUACAAUUCAUACAGAGUUGCUUCGUUACCGAUUAUGAUCCCACAAUUGAAGAUUCAUACACCAAACAAUGUGUCAUUGACGAUGUACCAGCCAAGCUAGACAUCCUCGAUACUGCCGGUCAAGAAGAAUUUAGCGCUAUGCGUGAACAAUAUAUGCGUUCGGGGGAAGGUUUUCUGCUAGUCUUUGCACUCAACGAUCAUUCCAGUUUCGAUGAAAUACCCAAAUUCCAAAAACAAAUUUUACGCGUCAAGGAUCGCGAUGAGUUCCCCAUGUUGAUGGUGGGCAAUAAGUGUGAUUUGGAACAUCAGCGUCAGGUAUCACUGGAAGAGGCACAAAAUAUUAGUCGUAAUCUGAUGAUACCCUAUAUUGAGUGUAGUGCCAAAUUGAGGGUGAAUGUCGAUCAGGCAUUUCAUGAAUUAGUUCGACUCGUGAGAAAAUUCCAAAUGGCCGAGAGACCGUUAAUAGAGGAGCAACGUUAUAAAAAGAAGAAGAGCAGAUGUUGUGUAUUAUAA